UCUUCACUUGUGCUCCAUCUUGGCUCCAAACUCCCUAUAGUUUACUACGGAGCCUGCGACACGGUGUUGAGCCAGAAUGGUUUCUAAGCGGACUCUGAUGCCUUGUGAAGUGGUUUGAAAACACAGAAGAUAUUUUAAUGGCCGGUCUCCCUCACACAAGUGCUGCAAAUGCGAUCCACUAAAUUGUACUGCUACUCUGUGUGCCCCCCCCCGGAUGACGUAAUCACCCCCCCCUGCCCCCCCAAGACCCGUGACAGCCCACACCGCCAUAUUGAGAGCAGUACUGUCAACAACAGCGGAGACAGAGAGAGAGUCUGCAAAGGUGUUGGAAAGACCUCUCUUAUGAACCAGUAUGUCAAUAAGAAGUUCAGUAACCAGUACAAAGCCACGAUCGGAGCCGACUUCCUGACCAAGGAGGUGCUGGUGGACGACAGGCUGGUCACAAUGCAGAUCUGGGACACGGCUGGGCAGGAGCGGUUCCAGUCGCUGGGUGUCGCGUUCUAUCGGGGGGCAGACUGCUGCGUGCUGGUGUUCGACGUGACGGCUCCAAACACCUUCAAAACUCUGGACAGCUGGAGAGACGAGUUCCUGAUCCAGGCCGGGCCCCGGGACCCUGAGAACUUCCCCUUCGUAGUGCUGGGGAACAAGAUCGACCUGGAGAACAGACAGGUGCCGCUCAAGCGUGUUCAGGCGUGGUGUCAGAGCAAGAACAACAUCCCGCACUUUGAGACGAGCGCCAAGGAGGCGAUCAACGUGGAGCAGGCCUUCCAGAUCAUCGCCAGAAACGCACUGAAACAGGAAUCUGAAGUCGAGACGUACGACUUCCCAGAUCAGAUCAAACUGGACAGAAACGAGCAGCCGAGAGCUUCAAGCGAAGGGUGCAACUGCUGAGUGGAGAGGGAGGGGAGGGGAGAGAGAGAGAGAGAGAGAGAGACCCUCUGUCCCCUUAAAAAACCCCAAAACCUCGCUCAAACUUCGGACCGUCUGAAAACUUUGGUGGCUAGACCAGCUUCUCCUUUAGGGGUGUUUGUUUAUUGUUGUCAUUAUUAUAAUUAGUUUGGUUUUGUUUAUUCAGUCGUUUGCCAAAUAACUUUAUAAAGAAGGAAAAAAAAAAAAACACAAAUCUGAAAGCGCUGUACUUUUUUUAAAGUUACUGACAAAAUUUCUCGUAAUCAGUUCAGCGUUUCCUUCUGUGAGAGCCACGGCCUUGCCAGACCCCCACCCUGCACUCUCAGCAGGAUCGGAGGGAGGCACCCAACGGUCAGAAACAUUACAAGAGACACAAACACACCACCAACCAAUAUAAAACUGAGGCACAGGGAGAGAGGGGGGAGGGACCGGACUCUUACAAACGCGCACGUUAUAUUGUAUUAUUUUAUUACUUUGUGUUAUUUUGAACUGGUUUGAACUGGGGGGGCGUGCUGCUUUUCCAGCUGUUCGCACUGGUCUUGCCCCCUUUGAAACUCACACUCCUCUGUUUAGUUUGCAGUCAGAAACCAGUAUUUGUGUCUCAGAUUCCCAGUUCUCUUACUGGGGGGCUAGUUGGUGUGAUUUUCAGCAGGGAGGCAGUGAAGCAUGAAGGGUUAACUGUCUUUGGGGGAG